AGCCAUCAUAAUUAGGCAUCAGGAUUUUCCAGGAGGACAGAGUUAAUAGUAACAUCAUGGCUUCGGCAGGUCUCCAGCUCCUUGCUUUCAUCCUGGCCUUAUCCGGUGUCUCUGGAGUGCUCACAGCCACUCUGCUGCCUAACUGGAAGGUGAACGUGGAUGUGGGCUCCAACAUCAUCACAGCCAUCGUGCAGGUGCAUGGGCUCUGGAUGGACUGCACAUGGUACAGCACUGGGAUGUUCAGCUGCACCCUGAAACACUCCAUUCUGUCCCUCCCCAUCCAUGUGCAGACUGCGAGGGCCACCAUGGUCCUGGCAUGUGUUCUGUCUGCUUUGGGGAUCUGCACUGCCACGGUAGGAAUGAAAUGUACUCGCUUAGGAGGGGACAGAGAAACCAAGAGCCAUGCUUCCUUUGCAGGAGGAGUCUGUUUCGUGUCUGCAGGAAUCUCUGGUUUGAUCCCAACAGUGUGGUACACCAAGGAGAUCAUAGCAAACUUUGUGGAUCUGUCUGUUCCAGAAAGCAACAAACACGAACCUGGAGGAGCUAUCUAUAUAGGAUUCAUUUCAGCAGUGCUGCUAUUUAUCUCUGGCAUGAUUUUCUGCACUUCCUACACAAAAAAGAAUCUAGAAGCUUGGCUCUACUCACCUAGGCAAGAGCGAAUCUCUACCACACAGCUAGAGAACAACUCAGCAUACAACCUGAAGGAUUAUGUGUAAAUAACUAUAUAAUGUAUACAGAAUGAAGCUUUGGGGUGUAGAUUAAAAAAAAAAAAUCAGAAUUAUGCUUAAUUUUCUCUACAAAGAAAUUAGAGCGUAAAACACUUUAAAAACUACAAGGUAGUUUAAAAUGCUAACAAAAUGAUUGUACAUACAUCUGUCUUAGAUUUAUUUUUCCAUUAUUGUUUUCAUGUUUUAUAUAAAGGUUCAUAAUUGAAAGAGGCUCUGAUUAUAGUCAUAUGGCAAUUAAUUGAUAGCUUUUUUUUCCUUUUUAAAAUAACUUGUUAUUUUUUUUUUCUUUAAAUUCUUUUUUUUUUUU